UCGGGAGGCUCAACUGUCGGGGGCUCAAUUGUCGGGGCUCAACUGUCGGGGCUCAAUUGUCGGGAGCUCAACUGUCGGUGUACCGAUUUUUAGUAGUGUAUCAACAACGUCAGCUAUGAUCUGUAAUGAUCUCAACAGACCAUCUGUCACGGUCUAUGAGCGGGAGAGUGGAGGGGGAGGACAGACGAGUGGUCUAAAUUUUCAUGCUAUAUACUUUAAUUUUCUUUUUAGAUUGUGUUUUACAACGUCUAAGAUUUUUGUUGUUAUUAUAAUGAUAGAAAAUUCUCAUAAAAAUAAAUUAGUUGACAAUUGAACUCGCGAAAAUAGUAUACGUGACCAUACUAUGAAUCUUAUUGAGUUUGGCAAUGAAGGAUUCAAUUUUAAAAGAAUAAAUUUACUAGUAAAAUUUUUUAAAUGAAAUCCUUUUUAUUUUUAAAUUCAUUCUGCUUUUCUAGGCAGCAUGGAAAUAUUUUGAACAUUGUCAUGCAAAUGAUAGAUUGCCAUUAAAUUAUGAAAAUGAACGUAUUAUUAAUAUUAAACAUUGCACUUAGCCAUCUAUUAACUAAUGGCACUCCUGUUUUUUUAAUGUUUUUUUUUCAAUUGAACUUGAAGACUAAAAGAAAUUAUUUUAUAAUUUAACAUUGUCUACUAUUAGCUAUAUCAAAAUCUAUUUAAAAAAAUAUUCCUUUUUUUCUUUAGAAAUUAAUCUAUUCCAGAAAAUACAACAACUGGUUCAACAAGUUAAUGUUUUCAACCCAAUCAAUAAUGAUUUUAGUGAAACAUUAACAUAUCAAACGAAUAAUUGA